AUGGUCUCUUUCUCGUGCGAGAAUUGCGGCGAUGUCUUGACGAAGAAGAAACUAGACGGCCAUCGUAAUCAAUGCCGUGGCGCGACCUUUACUUGCCUUGAUUGCAUGGUUCACUUCUACGGAACCGAAUAUCGAUCGCAUACCUCCUGCAUAUCAGAAGCCCAGAAGUACCAAGGAGCGCUGUACCGGCCGGACAAGGACAAGCAGAAUAAUAAGAAGGGCAGCGAGGAGAAGCGCAAGUCCAUGAACGGAUAUAAUAACUCUCAGGCUAUGGUGCCGAGAGGGGCAUACGUUGAAGAUGCACCAGAAGGUGAUGACAUGAACGCGGUGGCCGUUAUCGACGUUCCACCGAGAGCACCGACCCCGCCGCCUGCGCCUGAACAAAUCACUGAAGGGGUGAACGUCUUCGACUUUCUCGUCACCGAUUCGACACCGAAGGGAGCCGUACAGCCGCCUGACGAACGCAAAAUGCUUGGAAACGGCGAGUCGCAGUAUUCGCAAUAUUCGCAGUACUCACAGUACUCCAACGGCCGUGGAUCGCGAUACUUGGAGCAUGGAUAUUCUUACGGUGAUGCGCCAGUGCAACCCAGCUUUGAGCGCUACGAUUCCUACAAUAAUCUGGCAGAAUCGCAACAGUCAAAUUCCUUCGUGACGCCGGCGCCGAAGGAACGACGCAGAGAAAAGAAGGAGAAGUACACUGUGGAGAAGAGCGAGAAGAAGAGGAAGCGUAAUGUAGAAGAAUUGGACAUCUCCAGCGCGAAGCGGCCAAUGUCGCGCGAUGAACCCAUGACGGACGCACCUGCGACUGGCGGAAGGACGCUGCAUUCUGGCCUUACAGGAGGCCUCAGUCGUCUGGUCACAGAUGCUGAGUUCUACGAUGACCGGAUUGAAGCCGGACCUACCCCUAUCAGCCCGUUGAAGCGAAGCAAGAAGGAAAAGGACGCCAAGCCUGGAGCGAAGGAAGAGCGCAGAAACAGAGGCGACGACAAGCACCGCCGUCGUUCGCGUAGCCCUGAUCGAGAGCGUCACAAGGACAAGCACGGAAGGAGCGCCCGACAUGACUCUUUCUCAUCUGAAGAUCGCUCACACGUCAGUCGAAGGAAACAGAUCGAGUAUCCGGACAGACCCAGCUCAGUUCAACCCUCGGCGACAAACCAGAUUAUCUCAUACAAAUCACGGGCCGAUCUCUUCAUGUCCUUCAUCAACAAGGGACCAGAGAGCGAACGAGGCUGCUCAAUCAAUAAGGCCCUGAAACGAUAUCAUCGAGAGCGCGACGUCCGAGGCGAGGAGAAGGACGAAGAGGACAAGGAGCUAUGGAAAUCUCUACGACUGCGACAAGGCGACCACCGCGGCUCAGGCUCAACAUCCGGCGCAGCCAUCCUCGGAGCCUUCAUCCCAACCUUCAUCAUCGCCGUCAUCUACGUGACCGCCUUUGUACUGGUUCGGAAUCACUUCCGAAAAGUCUACGCACCCAGGACGUUCCUAGGAACGAUUCCAGAGAAAGAUCGAACUCCUACGUCGAGGGCAGAGGAUUGGUGGUGGUUCAAGGACUUCCGGAAUUUGACGGAUCACUUCGUCUUGCAGCACAAUUCCCUUGAUGCGUGGCUGUUUCUGCGGUUUCUACGAUUCAUAGUCUGGAUAUGUUUUGCUGGGGUUUGCCUCACUUGGCCGAUUCUGUUCCCGGUGAACGCAACUGGUGGUGGGACCCGCGAACAACUCGACAAGAUUGCCCUGGGAAAUGUCACGAAGAACAACCAUCUUUGGGCACACACGGUCGUUGCCUGGGUGUUCUUCCUGGGCAUUUUCCUUGUGAUCGCGUUCGAGCGUCUGCAGUUGAUUGGAUUCCGACAGGCCUGCUAUUUGAAUGAGAAGCAUGCGAGCAAGCUGUCCGCAAGGACUGUGCUUUUCCUUAACGCUCCAAGCGAUGCUCUUCAACCAAGCAACUUGAAACAAUAUUUCGGGGAACAAGCAGAUUAUGGCUGGCCGGUCAAGGAUACCGGCCACUUGGAAGAGCUCAUUGAGCAGCGAAAUGGAGCGGCUUUUGGGCUGGAAAGUGCUGAAAUAGACUUGAUCGUCAACGCAGUGAAGAGUCGCAAAGGAAGGCCGCAGGAUGUGAAUGGAAGUUCUGCACAGGAAGAGCAGUCUGCUGUCCCAAAGCACCAGCGGCCUACUACGAGAAAGCCCCCACUUGUUGGAACAAAGGUCGAUAGGAUCGAGACUUUGCGCAAGAAAGUGGUUGAGAUUGCUGGCACCAUCGACUCACAUCGAGCUGCGCCUGGCAGGAACGUCCCCAGCGAGUCUGCAAUCUUCGUCUCUUUUGCCAGUCAGGAGGCUGCUCACAGAGCGUUCCAGCAAAUUACUUUCCAGCCAAAAGUUCCACUCGAAGAUCGAUACCUGGCUGUACAGCCAAAGGAAGUGCUAUGGAAAAACAUCCAGCAACCGGCCGCUAAACGCGUGUCAAAGGCCAGCCUGGCUCUUGUAUUUGUCAUCGUGUUCACAAUCUUCUUUUCGAUUCCCGUGGGUCUUCUCGGUACCUGGAGCAACGCAAAGCAACUUGCAGACAAAGUCGAAUGGCUGAGCUGGGUCAACGAUCUUCCACCUUGGGUACUUGGUCUCCUCACAGGUCUGGUUCCACCCGCCCUGACUAGUUGGUUCGUCUCGUAUGUGCCAAAGCUGUUCCGCCAUGUCGCGAAGCUUUCAGGCGAGCCCACUACUCCGCAAGCAGAGCUGAAAACCCAGGCGUGGUAUAUGGCUUUCCAGGUCGUUCAGGUCUUCCUCGUCACGACGAUCUCUUCCGGAACUGCUGCAGUUGUCACGAAGAUCAUGCGCGAGCCUCAUUCAGCGCCUGCCUUGCUGGCUGAGAAUCUACCCACGGCGUCAAACUUCUACUUGACGUACUUCCUCUUGCAAGGUCUCACUAGCUCGUCUCAGAACCUUCUGGACUACUCAGAACUGUUCGAGUACUUGUUCUACGAGUACUUCUGGAACAAGACACCCCGAGAGAAGUUCCAGACUUACGCCUUGAUGCGAGCUACGCCGUGGGCUGCAUGGUAUCCGAAGUUCACAAACUUCUUCAUCAUUGCGGUGGCAUACGCCUGCAUUCAGCCUCUGAUACUGGGAUUCGCAACGAUAGGCAUCUUCUUCUUUUACCUCAGCCAUCGAUACCAAUUGCUUUACGUCAGACAAACCAAGAUCGAUACCAAAGGCGAAGCAUACAAACGGGCCUUGCAGCAGAUGCCGACUGGAUUGUACAUUGCAGAGCUGUGCUUGAUCGGUCUUUUUGGAGCGAGAAAGGCGGCAGUGCAAAGCACGCUUAUGAUUGUCCUUCUGGUGAUCACCGCGGUGGCCAACUUCUUGCUGGACAGGAUGUUGAAGCCACUUGAGCUGUAUCUCGGAGUCGACAAAUGGCAAGAGCAAGAAGUACCUCUCCUCGCUGAAGAGGACGGUAUCGAUCCCAACGACGAGGCUGCCCUGCAUGCAGCAUCGCAUGGAAGACGACUCGGCAUCAAACGCCUGCCCAAUCCCGCUCCAAGGGUGUUAUCAGACUUCUUCGAUUCCAUCAUUUCCGCCGCCCGCGACAAGGCAUACUCUUGGCUCGACCAGCCACGAGUCAUGGACGAUAAUCCACCACAACUCAGCGAGGAAGAUAUCGCAAAGGCAUACAUCGCUCCAGCGUUCACGUCCAAGACACCAAAGCUAUGGAUUCCACGGGACAAGUAUGGUGUGUCAAAGCAGGAGAUUGAACAGAACGAAGCAGUGGGGAUCCAGGCCACUGAUGAGGCCGCUGAGAUCGAUGAGAAAGGUAAACUGCAUUGGGACUCGAAUUUCGAGAAUGUGCCGGUCUUUUCCAAGCCCAAGGUUAUCUAG